AUGGUACGCAAGCGUACUACUGCUCCUGCAUCGGAGGGCCCUAGCAAGAAGGCCCAAAUGGAUCCCAGCGCUGCUUCGGAUGACACAGCAAAUCGGCUGCUACAGAGUUGCUCGGAGAAAAAAGAGCAUAUUCCCCCGCUAUUUACCCCGAUGAAGGACGUCGCCCAGCUUAGGGAUGAGCUGGCAAAACGCAAAUUGUUCCCGCGAUUCAAAAUCUGUAGCGUUGGAACAAAGAUCAUGUGCUCCAGCCUACAGCAGUACAAGUCGGUCGGUGACCUGCUGAAGAACAGGGCAGUGGAGUUUUACACUCACGAUUUGCCUUCGAUGAAACCAUUGAAGGUUGUUUUACGAGGUCUGCCGUCGUACGACGCGGCUACCGUAAAAGAUGAGCUGGUCAUUAUCAACUGGGAAUACUACAAGCCGCAACACCGUGAUGUGACCCAAUGCACAAGUUGCCUCUCCUUCGGCCAUGGCACGAAGAACUGUCAUAUGAAACCACGCUGCGACAAGUGUGCUAUGGCCCACUCGACGGCGACCUGUGCUCAAGCUGAUGACACCGACCCGAAGUGCGUGAAUUGCGGCGGAACUCACCGUGCCACUACUCGGGACUGUCCCAAGCGAACGGAAUUCAUCACCAUGAGGAAGAAGGUGGCUACCAGCAACCAGCCAGGCCGGCAUCGAAAUAAACGUGCACCACCAGUCAUCACGGACGACGAACAAUACCCGGCAAUCCAUCCUCGUCGUCUGGUCCCAAAUCUCCCACCGCUACCUCUCAACAACAGUCAACGAGCCGCCCCCUCAGCUCAGCAUCGCCUCACUGCUGCUGCAGCUCUGCCAAAUCAAGCUUCUGCCUCGGCGCCUGGACUAUCGUAUGCCCGUGUUGCCUCAGGUGACUCAGUUGAAGAAUCUCCGUUAACAUCAGAGGAACUAGUAACGCUGGUUGCAGAGGUGAUCGUCAUUCUGCGCACCUGCAUGACUCGAUCUGAACAGCUUCAUGCUGCCUUGUCACUCGUCACCAAGUAUGGACCGUGA